CCCUGGCCUGGUGCCCAGAGCUGGGGGCUAGCUGGAAGCCCAUUGUUUGAGGCUGGAGCUGGCUGGGCCUGGGCCCGGGGGGCCUUGGGAAGCUGGUCUCCCUUUGGCCCCAGGCAAUGCCCUUCGUCCCAUUUCCCCCAGAACCCAGAGCCCCCAGCGAGGACACAGGCACAGCUGCACUCCCAGCAGGAUGAAGGCAUGGACGGCUGUCCUGCUUGCCCUACUGCUGCUGUUCGGGGAGCCAGGGAGAGGGCAGGCUCAAAAUGAGGAGGAUGAGGAUGAGGAUGACGAGGACUUCGGGGUGGACAGCUAUGAGGAUGACUAUGAUGAGGAAAUCAACUUGUUUCCUGUGGAGGAGGACAAAGGCCAGCUGCGGUGCUACUACUGCCGUGGCCUGCAGGAGGGGGAGGUCUGCAAUCAGAUGCAGGACUGCUUCCCCGACCAGGCCUUCUGUGAGACGCUCAUCGCCCGUGACAGUAUCGAGUCAAGUCUCCAGUCCACGUACACUGCGUGGUGUGCCGACGACUGUGAGCCUGUCACCAGGACUAUGGAGGGGACCUGGGUGACCGUGACCUGCUGCCAGCUCCCGCUGUGCAACGCCCCACCCUGGCUCACCGCGGAAGACCAGGAGUCGCCGGGCAGCACGGCUGGAGGCCUGCUGGACGGCAGGGCUGGGAGCUCCAAAGGCAGCCCCCCAACUCUGGGCACAGCCCUCCUGCUCAGCCUCCUGGCCGGCCUGCCUGCAACAGGGUCCUGA